AUGGUAUACAAUAUUCAACUGGUCAAAUGUGUUGGUAGUUCAGCAGAGUGGACUGGGAUCUGGUACUAUUUAACGUUAAAUAAUCCUAAUUACCUGUGUCGAAAAUUGCAAACUGUUGGGAUUAUUCAUGCAGGAAAGCUUAAUGAUGACAGUUCUUUACAUGGAAAAUCCGUGUGGAUACGUAUGUCGUGCUCGGCGUGGACGAUAAUUUUUGGUAAAGAUUGUUCAAGAAAAGAACGGCUUAAGAUAACGCUCCACCGUCGCAUUUCAACCAACAGACAUGGACAGAUUAAUGAAAUGAAAACCACAAUUAAUCCACAAACUUUUGAAGCCGUCAACAAACCAAUCGAUACAAUUGACAAAUCCCUUGAUAAUAUCGUCGAGUCCAACCGGAUCAUGCGAGAAUUACAGCACCAUCAUAAUAAGUAG